GUAGUUUACGCAUUCUUCCCCAGAAGAAUCUCGCCUUGAGAGCGCAGUGAGAUCCACUACAACAAUGGAUCACGUCUGAGUGUUCAGGCGAGAGAGGUUGGAGCGAAAAAAAAAAAAAAGUAUAGGGGGAGGGUUGGCAUUUUUUCCUCCCAGCGGAAGGAGACGUAUCGCUCCUGCAGGACAAUGUGUAAGAACCGGAGCCGUAGCAGCGCCACCAACCCACCCCGACCCGAGGCCAACAUGGACGAGACCUUCAUUUAACGCACGUUAUAUCGUAUCCAAAGCGUUCUUUUUGUACUGAGGUUGAGGCUGGGGUUUUGGGGGAAGGAUAAGGAUUUGUGCGAGAAGGGGAAAAAAAAGGGGGAAGGCAGCGAUGAGAAUCCUGCGUUGAGGAAAGAAAGCGAGGCGGCGGGGCCGAGAAGAAGGGAGAAAGAUGGGUGCCUUGCUACGGACCACUCUGUUGUUGUGUAGUUUUUGUUUGUUGAUACAAGGCGUGCCCCUCUUGCUGUACGCUAACCGGCGAGACCUCCGGCUCGUGGACGCGGCCCACGGGAAGGCCAACGCCACGGUGGUGGUGGGCGGGCUGGAGGACGCGGCGGCGGUGGACUACGUCUACGCCCGGGGCCUCAUCUACUGGAGCGACGUGAGCGAGGAGGCCAUCAAGUGCACCGCCUUCAACCGGUCGGGGGACAGCAGCGCCCAGACGGUGGUGGUGUCCGGGCUGGCGUCGCCCGACGGCCUGGCCUGCGACUGGCUGGGCGGGAAGCUCUACUGGACGGACUCGGAGACGAACCGCAUCGAGGUGGCCGAGCUCGAUGGAUCUUUACGGAAAGUUUUGUUUUGGCAAGAGCUGGACCAGCCGAGGGCGAUAGCCCUGGACCCAGAGAGGGGGUACAUGUACUGGACCGACUGGGGGGAGGUCCCGAAGAUCGAGCGGGCGGGCAUGGACGGCACCCACCGUGCCAUGAUCAUCGAGAAGGAGAUCUACUGGCCCAACGGACUCACGCUGGACUACAGCGAGCAGAAGCUCUACUGGGCCGACGCCAAGUUCAACUUCAUCCACCGCUCCAACCUGGACGGCACCUCAAGGGAGCCCGUCGUCCAGGGCGACCUCCCCCACCCCUUCGCCCUGACCCUGUACGAGGACACCCUGUUCUGGACGGACUGGAACACCCACUCCAUCCACGCCUGCCGCAAGCAGACGGGCGAGGACCGCCGCAAGAUCCACUCGGACAUCUUCUCGCCCAUGGACAUCCACGUCUUCAGCGCCUGGAGGCAGCCCACGGUGCCCACCCCCUGCUCGCUGGAGAACGGAGGCUGCUCCCACCUGUGUCUCCUGUCGCCGGCCACGCCCUUCUACCGGUGCGCCUGUCCCACCGGCGUUCAGCUGCUGGACGACCGCAAGACCUGCCGCAACGGCCCCACCCAGGUGCUGCUGCUAGCCCGGCGCACCGACCUGCGCCGCAUCUCUCUGGACACGCCCGACUUCACGGACAUCAUCCUGCAGGCGGACGACAUCCGGCACGCCAUCGCCAUCGACUACGACCCGGUGGACGGACACAUCUACUGGACGGACGACGAGGUCAAGGCCAUCCGGCGGUCGGCGCUGGACGGCAGCGACGCCCAGUUCGUGGUCACCUCGCAGGUCAACCACCCCGACGGCAUCGCCGUGGACUGGAUCGCCCGCAACCUGUACUGGACGGACACGGGCACGGACCGCAUCGAGGUGACCCGGCUCAACGGCACCAUGCGCAAGAUCCUCAUCUCGGAGGACCUGGACGAGCCACGCGCCAUCGUACUGGACCCCGUGGCCGGGUACAUGUACUGGACCGACUGGGGCGAGGUGCCCAAGAUCGAGCGGGCGGACCUGGACGGGAUGGAGCGCCUAGUGAUGGCCAACACCUCUCUGGGCUGGCCCAACGGCCUGGCCCUGGACUACCACGAGCGCAAGAUCUACUGGGGCGACGCCAAGACGGAUAAAAUCGAGAUGAUGAACAUGGACGGGUCGGGCCGGCGGGAGCUGGUGGAGGACAAGCUGCCUCACAUCUUCGGCUUCACGUUGCUAGGCGACUACAUCUACUGGACGGACUGGCAGCGGCGCAGCAUCGAGCGCGUGCACAAGCGCACGGCCGAGCGCGAGGUCAUCAUCGACCAGCUGCCCGACCUCAUGGGCCUCAAGGCCGCCUACGUGCACGAAGCGCACGGCACCAACGCGUGUGCGGAGGCCAACGCGGGCUGCAGCCACCUGUGCCUGUUCACGCCGCGCGGCGCGCAGUGCGCCUGCCCCAGCGGCCUGGAGCUCAUCGCGGACAUGGCCACGUGCAUCGUGCCCGAGGCCUUCCUGCUCUUCUCCCGCCACACGGACAUCCGCCGCAUCUCCCUGGAGACCAACAACAACAACGUGGCCAUCCCGCUCACCGGCGUCAAGGAGGCCUCCGCGCUCGACUUUGACGUCACCGACAACCGCAUCUACUGGACCGACAUCACGCUCAAGACGAUCAGCCGUGCGUUCAUGAACGGCAGUGCCCUGGAGCACGUGGUGGAGUUCGGGUUGGACUACCCCGAGGGCAUGGCCGUGGACUGGCUGGGGAAGAACCUGUACUGGGCGGACACGGGCACCAACCGCAUCGAGGUGGCCAAGCUGGACGGCCAGCACCGGCAGGUGCUGGUGUGGAAGGACCUGGACAGCCCCCGCGCACUCGCCCUGGACCCGGCAGAAGGGUUCAUGUACUGGACGGAGUGGGGAGGCAAGCCCAAGAUCGACCGGGCGGCGAUGGACGGCACGGGGCGCCUCACGCUGGUGCCCGACGUGGGCCGGGCCAACGGGCUGACCAUCGACUACGCGGAGCGCCGACUGUACUGGACGGACCUGGACACCACGCUCAUCGAGUCCUCCAACAUGCUCGGCAAGGAGCGGGAGGUGAUCGCCGACGACCUGCCGCACCCCUUCGGCCUCACCCAGUACCAGGACUACAUCUACUGGACGGACUGGAGCCAGCGCAGCAUCGAGCGCGCCAACAAGACCAGCGGCCGCAACCGCACGGUGAUCCAGGGCCACCUGGACUACGUCAUGGACAUCCUGGUGUUCCACUCCUCGCGCCAGGGCGGCUGGAACGCCUGCGCCGCCACCAACGGACACUGCUCCCACCUGUGCCUGGCCGUGCCCGUGGGCGGGUGUGUGUGCGGCUGCCCCGCCCACUACUCGCUGAACCUCGACAACAAGACCUGCAGCGCCCCCACCUCCUUCCUGCUGUUCAGCCAGAAGACGGCCAUCAACCGCAUGGUGAUGGACGAGCAGCAGAGCCCCGACAUCAUCCUGCCCAUCCACAGCCUCCGCAACGUGCGCGCCAUCGACUACGACCCGCUGGACAAGCAGCUGUACUGGAUCGACUCCAAGCAGAACUCCAUCCGCCGCGCCCAGGACGACGGCAACCAGAGCAUGACGGUGGUCUCCAGCCAGGUGGGGGGGCUCAACAUGGGCCUGCAGCCGUACGACCUCAGCAUCGACAUCUACAGCCGCUUCAUCUACUGGACCAGCGAGGUCACCAACGUCAUCAACGUGACGCGCACGGACGGGCGCCGGGUGGGCGUGGUGCUGCGCGGCGAGCACGACAAGCCGCGCGCCAUCGUGGUCAACCCCGAGAGAGGGUACAUGUACUUCACCAACCUGCUCGAGAGCUCCCCGAAGAUCGAGCGCGCGGCGCUGGACGGGACAGAGCGAGAGGUGCUGUUCUUCAGCGGCCUGGGGAAGCCCAUGGCGCUCGCCAUCGACAACGAGCUGGCCAAGCUGUUCUGGGUCGACUCGGAGCUGAAGAGGAUCGAGAGCAGCGACCUCUCUGGCGCCAACCGCGUGGUGAUCGAGGACUCCAACAUCCUGCAGCCGGUGGGGCUGACGGUGUACGGCCCCCACCUCUACUGGAUCGACCGGCAGCAGCAGAUGAUCGAACGCAUCGACAAGACGACGCGCGAGGGCCGCACCAAGAUCCAGGCCCGCAUCGCCACGCUGUCCGACAUCCACGCCGUGCACGAGCUGGACAUGGCCGAGUACAGUAAGCACCCGUGCACCUGGGAGAACGGCGGCUGCUCCCACAUCUGCAUCGUGAAGGGUGACGGCAGCACGCGCUGCUCCUGCCCCGUCCACCUGGUGCUGCUCCAGGACGAGCUCUCCUGCGGCGAGCCUCCCACCUGCUCCCCGGAGCAGUUCUCGUGUGCGUCGGGCGAGGUGGACUGCAUCCCCAACGCGUGGCGCUGCGACGGCUUCCCCGAGUGCGACGACCGCAGCGACGAGGACGACUGCCCCGUGUGCUCGGAGGCAGAGUUCCAGUGCGACAGCCGGCAGUGCGUGGGGCUCAGCCUGCGCUGCAACGGCGAGUUCAACUGCCAGGACCACUCGGACGAGAACAAAUGCGAAGUCCGCUGCCCGCCCGACCAGUUCAGCUGCACCAACGGCCAGUGCAUCGGCAAGCACAAGAAAUGCGACCACAACAUGGACUGCACGGACAACUCUGAUGAGAUCGGCUGCUACCCAACAGACGAGCCGUCCCAGCAGCCCUCCAACACCAUCAGCACCAUCGUGGGCGUGGUGCUGGCUCUGUUCGUGGUGGGCGCCGUGUACUUCGGCUGCCAGCGCGUGCUCUGCCCGGCGACCAAGGACGACGGCGAGACGGUCACCAACGACUUCGUGGUGCACGGGCCCUCCUCCGUGCCCCUGGGAUACGUGCCCCACCCCAGCUCGCUGACGGGGUCGCUGCCCGGCAUGUCCAGGGGCAAGUCUGUGAUUGGCUCUCUCAGCAUCAUGGGCGGGAGCAACGGGCCACCGUACGACCGCGCCCACGUGACGGGGGCGUCGUCCAGCAGCUCCUCCAGCACCAAGGGCACUUACUUCCCGCCGAUCCUGAACCCGCCCCCCUCCCCGGCCACGGUGCGCUCCCAGUACACCAUCGAGUUCGGCUACUCCUCCAACAGCCCGUCCACGCAUCGCUCCUACAGCUACCGGCCCUACACCUACCGCCACUUCGCCCCCCCCACCACCCCCUGCAGCACGGACGUGUGCGACAGCGACUGCACGCCGGGCCGCCGGCCGCCGCCCAAGUCGGGCGGGGCGGGGGGCGGGGGGGCGGGCGCCAAGGGCUACGUCAGCGACCUCAACUACGACUCGGAGCCCUUCCCGCCGCCGCCGACGCCGCGCAGCCAGUACCUGUCGGCCGAGGAGAACAACUGCGAGAGCUGCCCCCCCUCCCCCUUCACGGAGCGCAGCUACUCGCACCACCUCUACCCCCCCCCGCCCUCCCCCUGCACGGACUCCUCCUGA